AAGUUCGUUGGCGCUCCUUUGGCUGCCGAUUUCGACGCAGACGGCUUGAUAGAAUUGCUUGUGCCAAUUUGUCGAAAGGAAGAUUGCAAGCAGGUGACGGAAUUUGCUAACUGGCAGUAUAAUCGCGGAUGGAGCACGAACGCGUUCGAUUUGCAGAAUUUCAACAUCUUAUCGGAUGAGGACUCCUUGAUGCUUUUCCGAGUUGGAGACUUCUCACUCGAUGGCUACCCGGAUCUUGUGGCAACUUUGGUUGAAAAACAGAGCCUUGGUCAGAUCAAGGCAAGUAUUUUAGUCAUUGAUAAUAUUUUGUGCACAAAUUGCGACCGUAAUGGAACGAGGAGGUUCGAGAUAAACAAGAGUAUCUUCAUCCAACCGAAGGAAGUAGCUUUGGGAGAAAUCAAGAUGGCAUCAUUCUUCGAUCUGAAGGAGGAUGGAAACUUGGAUAUCCUAAUUGAAUACAAGCCAUUUGAAGGAGAUACGAAGUUCAGCUUCAUCCCUUGUGACGACAAGGGCGAUGUCACGUUUCUCAAGGUCACGGUGUUCACAAACGUUUGCGGUAAGCACUGCAAACCGUCACCAAAAGAACUGGGCUCUGGUGUCAGCUGGGGCGGGGCUUGUGCAAGCUUCAGCAUGUCUGAUGGAUGGGGUGGAUCAUUGAAAAGUUCGGCAUGUCAAAUUCCUGCUGGAACGCAUCGUGCGCUGGCGCCGCCUUAUGUUCUAUUCGGUCUUGGCAGAAGUCCUAACUUCGUAGAUGAGCUUACUAUUGGUGCGCCGCUCUACAAUGAGGCCUUGAACGCUCGGCAGCACACGCUGAAGCAGAUAGUACCGAACUCGAGGAUUGUUGUUAUACCUCCGGCCGAAGGCGGCUCACAGUGGCUCACGCGACUGUAUGUCACCCCAUCACAGCUCAUUCUUCAGGUU